CUUUUUUUCCUUAAUCAAAACGGACCCCUCACAAAUGGCAUCUUCAGACAGUGCGCCAAUGUGAAAUUGUGCAAAGAGCUGAAGGAGAAACUGGACGCGGGAGCAGACGUGCCCCUGGACACUGAAUCCAUUUUCGUGAUAGCGUCUGUUCUGAAGGAUUUUCUACGACAUAUUCCCACAAGUGUUUUCUCAUCAGAUCUCUAUGAUCAAUGGGUCUGUGUAAUGGAGCAAGGAAAUGAUGAAGAGAGAAUAAUUACAAUUCAAAGGCUGUUGGACCAGCUUCCGAGAGCCAAUAUUGUUCUUCUAAGGUACCUUUUUGGGGUACUACACAACAUUGAGCAACACUCCUCAUCCAAUCAGAUGAACGCGUUUAAUUUAGCGGUGUGUAUCGCUCCGAGCAUUCUUUGGUCUUCUACUACCUACAGCCCAGAAUUAGAAGGCGAAUUUACAAAAAAGGUUACUCUGCUUAUUCAAUUUGUGAUUGAAAAUUGCUGUAGAAUAUUUGGAGAAGAAAUCACUUCCCUCUUUGGAGAGGUGUCAGUGAGGUGUGACAUUAGAGAGAAUACCUCAGAUAUCUCUUGCUUACAAAUGACCGACUCCUCCUAUGACAGCUUGGAAAACGAGCUGAAUGAGGACGUUGACGCUCCGUGCAGUGACCUGGUGACAACCCUCGGCCAGGGGAGCAGAAGCAUGGACUCCGUCCUCACCCUCAUUGACUGUGACCCCGACCAGCCCGAGCUGGAAGGUCUUUUAAUCCUGAGCGACUUUGACUCAGACAAUCCUAAACAUGAAGACAUUCAAAUGGAAGGGCCUCUCGAAUCCAAGCCGGUGACUGUCCCAGGACUGUACGGAGAGGCCAGCCUGCAGGACCAUGGCGGGGCCCCGUCUGGCGCCGCCACACCCAGCUACCUGACCACGGCUGCAGCAGAUGCUCCGAAAAGCCCGCGGCGACAGCGGCGCUGCUCCGAGCCCAGCAUCGACUAUCGAGAUGCAAAGCUGUCCUCUUUCCGGGAGUUUUGCCAGAAAAAGCUGCGCAAGUCCAGCUGUGAUGCAAUUCUCUCACAGAAAGGUGAGGACCAUCUGAAGCAAAGCGAACCCCCACAGGAGGAGGGUAAGAUGUAUUUUAAACAGGCUCUAGUCACAGGCACCGAUAUCAAGAAAAAUGCCUCAAAUAAAAAUGCUAAGAAGAAGGGCUUCUUUGGUAUGGAAGGAAGUCACGUGAAGCGCCCCCCGCCCUCAAAGCCAGUGGCCAUUUCUGUGGCAUCUUGCAAUUACAUGUCCUCACAUGAUUGUCCCAGGAGCCAGCCCUUGGAUGCAGACACACCUGGACACGCCCCGCCACACGCAGCAGAUGCCCCCAAGAGUUCCAAGAGGCACCGGCGCUGCUCAGAAACCAGCAUCGACGACCAGCGCUCCAAGCUGAGCUACCUCAGGGGCAUUUUCUCAAGGAAACACAACAACACCAGCUAUGAAGUACGCCCCUGGUCUGGAGAGGAGCAGUAUCUCCAGCAGCACAAGUCUUUACAAUUGGAGGGCCAGAAGCUCAUUAACCAGAGCUUGGUCAUGGGGAUCGAGGUGGGCAAGAGCGGUGCCACCGACCAGAACCCCGAGAAGCUUUUACCCUCAAAAUUAAGCACCUGCCCCAGGACGAGCUGUUCUAGCUUGUCCUCCCCAGGCACCUCCCCAUCUGGCUCCUCAGUGAGCUCCCAGGAUAGUGCUUUCUCUCAGAUUUCAGAGCAUUCCGUGUUUACACCCAACGAAACGUCCUCCCCAGUAGAUUGCACUUUUCAGGCCCCAAGCCAGCAGGGAGAACCGUCCGACUCCAGCAGCUCCAGACUCGCUUCUGGAGUGCCUGGUCCCGCCUCUGAGCAGGCCAGCAGCCGCCCGGCUUAUUCAAAAAAGGACACCUUAGAGCGGCAUUCACAGAUGCAUUCUGUGACCCUUCAUCCCAGCACAUGGUUAAGAAAUGGUAUGGCCAGCUUGAAGAACUGGUCCCUCAAAAACAAAGCCAGGGCAGCCAGAGCAGAGGGAAAGAAAAUAUCUUCUCUGCCAGGGCCCGCAGAGCCACCUCCCCAUGCUUCUGGGGCUCCAGAAGCCAACCCACAGCAAGAGACACAGAAAGACAAGCCCCCGACGGUACCUGCAGGACUUGCAGCUGCGCUGAUAGCCCAGCGGGACACCUCCGAUCCCAGCCAUGUCUCCGAGCCAUGUGGUAGCUCUCCACCCAGCCCAGUGGACGGCACAUUGGAGCUUUGUCUGAAGUCACAGGAGGAAGAAGAGAGUAGCAGGCCGUGCUCUCCUGGCACCCCGCCGUGUGCAAUAUCCUUGCCCUGCUCUUUGGUUAUAGAUGAUGAGUCCGGCCCAGACUCAGGGCCUGCAGCAGUGUGUGAUGUUGAGGACAAACAUUCAACCAAAGACAUUUUACCACAAGAAGAACCUGAUGUCUAGAAGAACAGGAAGAACAGAAAGUGGCCUAAUAACAUCAAGACAAUAUUCAUUAUGACCCCUUUGUGUAAAGUACCUGGAAUAGGUAGCAU